AUGGGUGCAAGCGACUCGAAGCUUGUCUUCAAAAAGGGCAUCUUUAGGCUCAGUGGAGAGCGUAGCAUUGCUGCUGACGAUCCGUACUGGACCUCUUUCUGGGAGCUGCCCGAAUCCUCCGACGAUGUAUUCAGCCUGUUUGCCUCUGCGGACAUACGGCGCACGCGAGACCAUGCCAUCGAGAACCUUGAGACCUUGAUACUAGCCGUCACCUCGCGGCUCUUCAACCUGCGACACCAUCCCUCCUUUCCCGACCCUGAGAUCGCCCCCGAGCGUGAUGCUCUCAAUUGCAUACGAGUUCUCACUAGGAUCCUGCCCUACAUAUACGAGGCCGACAAUCUGCACGAAUGGGAGGACCGCUUCUUCUGGGGCAUCCGACGGAAGAGGACACGGGAGUCCGCGAUAGCCAGCGAAGUGCUCUUUGACGAUAACGAAGAGGAAGCAGCAAGGAGCAGACCAUCGGACGAGUUUGAAGAGGUGCGGCCUUUGGCGGAAGAGCUCAUCGAUACCCUUAUCGACUUGCUGUUCUUCUCAGAUUUCACAGUUUCCAAGCAACAGCAUGGCAAGCCGAAGGUCACCUAUGCGAUAUGGCAGAGCGGCGUGGGCUGCAACCAGGCCGUUGCCACGACCAAGGAAUUUGAGAGCAACCGCAUCGAGGUGUUGCGCCUGCUACUUGCCAUCACAGGCCAGAGCUUGUACAUGUCCGCCGCAGUGCUCCCGCGGAAUGGCACGAAAGCUCUGACCCACAUCUGCACUUGCUCGGACAAGCAGGUCGUCCUGUCUGUUCUAUGCUCACUGCUGAACACUACUAUGAAGUACAAUCCUGCGAGCUGGCGAGUGCCGUAUAAUACACUCGUCUUCAAGGACCCGAAGCAAAUCCUUGUCACUUACUCUUUGCAACUGCUGCUUGUCACGCUUCUGUAUCCUGUGCCCGAGCAGAACGGCGAGCCGCAAAAGAACUGGUUCCGUCACUUUCUCGGGCGGAUACACCGGCCCCAGGACUUCCAGUUCAUCGUCGACGGCAUGACGCGCAUCCUCAAUCAACCUCUGCAAGCCAAUGCUUCUUACAUUCCCGGAACCCAGUCGUCCAUACGUUUUGCACCUGAAAUGAUAAUGUUGUUUUGGGAAAUAACGCAAUGCAACAAGCGGUUCCGUUCCUUCAUUGUCGACACCGAGCGGGCGCAUGACUUCACCAUCCUCAUCUUGUUCUACGCUCUAGAGUACAAGAGUGACGCUUCAAAGCAGGGGGUGGUGAGAAUGUGUGCAUUCCUCCUCCAGACGUUGAGCGUUGAGAAAAAUUUCGGCGUCAACCUCAAUAAGCCUUUUGAAGCGCAGGAGACACUGCCCCCUGUGAUCCGCAUACAAGGAUUUAGGGGCACCUAUGCCGACUUCCUCAUACAAUCCAUCUACAAUCUCAUCACCACAAGCAAUGGGAAACUCACAGCCAUCUACCCUGCUUUGUUGGCCAUCAUUAACAACAUUGCCUACUAUCUCGAGGGACUCAGUGCUGCAACUGGCGCCAAGAUGAUGCAGCUUUUCAAUUCAAUGUCGUCUCCCUCGUUCUUGUUGGCAAAUGACACGAACCAUGCCCUCCUUCGAUCGUUGCUCGAGUCUAUGAACUCCAUACUUGAGCACCAGUUCAAGCAAAAUCCCGAGUUCGUGGCGGCAGUCCUGCGAAAUAGAAAACGUUUCGAAGCCCUUCGUAAUUUCACCUUGGAAAGUGGACAGGAGGAAAUCGAGAGGCGCAAUCGGCGGAGAAAGGACGCAAGAGCUUCUUCCGAUAUUGACUCCACCAGGAGUUCCGCUGAGAGCUUGAGAAGUCCAGUAACGGGCCAUUCCCGGCCACCAGCACUGAGCAACGUGCCCGAGGAGGACGCCACAUUUACCAUCGGCGAGGAUGAAGACGAUAGUGACGAAGAGCGUCACACGCCAUCGCAGUCCGAUCCAAGCGAAAACCCAUCACGGGCAUCUUCGGUGGUAUCCAACGUCGAGGACGCAGUACCAACGCAGCUCCGUGGCAUGUCAGAGAAGGCUAGGGGUAAGAUGCCAGCCGGAAUACAGAAUUUCUCCAGGCAAAACAGCAUGACCAGCCUCAGCGGAUACUCCGUGUCUGGUCAGUCAAUAAACGGUCAAUUCGAGCCGACGCCGCAAUGGAUCGACAGCUGGCUCCCAGAAUUGCCACUGCACACCAUCCUAAGCGCAAUCCCGCAGGUGUCGGCCCUGGUCCAGCGGCAGGCCCUUAUCGCGGACCACGCCUCGCCGGAGACACUCCGCAAGAUCAGCCAGGUGAAGCUGGUCGGGGUGGACGCAUCGCCCGUGCGCGUGCACUCGUUCGAGUGGUCUCCGCUGGCGCUGGGGUGGUACGAGUCCCUGAUCUGGAGUUUCAUCUUCAGCAGCGAGAUGCAGAUCUCCAAGGGCACGGUCGGUAUCUGGAACGGCACCGGCAUCAAGCUGUUCCGCGUGCAGGAGACGGCGCCCGAGGGCCCGACCCUGACCAGCCCCCGCGGAGCCGUCGACGCAGUCGGGAGCAACAUUGUCUCCAGAAUCGGCGCCAUGAACCUCCGGGGUCCGGCUCAGCAGGGCUACAGCCAGGUCGGACAAGGCGGCGGCAGCGGUGCCGCGACCGGUUCGCCCAACCCGGGUGCUCGAAGUUAG